UCUCGAGCCGUUUAGACCGGAAAAGCAAGAAAAAACCGGAGUGUACAAGUGUCGAAAAUUCCAUAGAGAAAUAUUCAAGGAAUUACAAAAAUGCUUAAUAUGGAAAGUGCGGGUGUGGGUGCAGCGAUGGCCGGUCUGAGCAAACCGCUCACAACGCCCUUCUCCAUCAACGACAUUUUAACGCGCACCAAUGCGGAAACGCGUCGCAUGUCCAGCGUGGACUCCGAGCCGGAUUCGGAAAAGUUAAAGCCCUCUGAUCGCGAGAGGUCGGCCUCCAAAUCGCCGUCCCUCUGCUGCCGAGAUCUCAGUCUCUACAGUCUGUCCCAAACCAAGGAGGCGCAGCCGAAUUCCAGGCAGAGCACCAACUAUCUGCAGUACUAUUCGGCGGCGAUGGACAAUAUUAACCAUCACCAGGCAACAGCACCAUCGAACUCCAGUGCAGCAGACUAUAUGCAGCGCAAAUUGGCAUAUUUUGGGUCCACGCUCGCUGCUCCUUUGGACAUGAGACGCUGCACCAGCAACGAUUCCGACUGCGACUCACCGCCGCCUUUGAGCAGUUCGCCCUCCGAAUCGCCUCUGUGCCACGACGGCAGUGGGUUGAGCCGCAAAAAACGGUCGCGUGCCGCCUUUAGCCACGCCCAGGUCUUCGAGCUGGAGCGUCGUUUUGCCCAACAGCGCUAUUUAUCCGGCCCGGAACGCAGCGAAAUGGCCAAGAGCUUGCGGUUGACAGAGACCCAGGUGAAGAUCUGGUUCCAGAACCGCCGCUACAAGACCAAGCGCAAGCAGAUCCAGCAGCACGAGGCGGCUCUUUUGGGGGCCAGUAAGAGGGUUCCUGUCCAGGUUUUAGUGCGGGAGGAUGGCAGCACCGCCUACGCCCACAUUGCUGCCCCUGGGGCGGGGCACGGCCUGGAUCCAGCUCUGAUCAACAUCUAUCGCCACCAGCUGCAGUUGGCCUAUGGAGGUCUGCCGCUGCCCCAAAUACAGAUGCCGUUCCCGUAUUUUUACCCGCAACACAAGGUGCCUCAGCCCAUCCCUCCGCCCACUCAGUUGUCCAGUUUUGUGUCCGCAUCCUCGGCAUCCUCGUCACCAGUUCCCAACCAGGGGACAGUGCGUCCUCAGCGGACCCCUUGUCCCAGUCCUGCUGGCCAGAUGAUGAGUGUGGAAAGCGGAGUCGAGAGCAUUCAUUCAGCGCCGGAGGACGGCGACGAGAAUGUGGAAAUCGACUAGGUGGCGAUGGGAGAUAUCCCGAAGAAGAACAGGGGUUACGUUUUUGUGAUAGCCGUGGCAGUUGUGUUUUAUAUGUUUAACCAAUAGAUGUACCAUAGCUUUAGUAGCCUUAAGUGUUAGUUGUAUC